AUGGCCGACGCCGUCCAAGCGACGUUCGCGAUGCCAUGGACCAAGCGCAUCACAAAGCAGCUCGAAUACCGCUACAAAGACGAUGUGAAGAGAGCUCCAGCCAUUGACGCCUUCGCUUUCUACGCCCGGUUUGCACCGCACCGGAUGCAAGCGUUUGCACUGACAUGGCUUCGUCACCCGUCGGGGAUGUCGUGCUGCUCCAUCUACCACCUCCUUCAAGCCAGCUUCUGGGACAACAACGACUGCAUCAGUGGUGUUUUAUAGCUUUUGCGGCGAUGUGGCGUGGAUCGGGCGGUCGAGGCGAUUCAAAGCGGCCGCGAUCUAGUCGAGACGGAAAAUGAGGAGGUCGACUACGUGAGCACGGGAUGGUACCAGCACGACGACGAAGAAGACGACGACGACGACGAGAUCGAUGAAGAGGUGGCAAGGCAAGACACGAGACCGUCCGUGGUCUUGGCGUUCUGCGCACUACGCGGCAGCAAUUCCCUCGAGCGCUCCCACAGAAAGCGCAAGUCUGACUGUGGUCAAGUCACUUCGCGCGCCAAGCGCUCCCAAACCGCUGCUAUCGAAUAAGAAUAAUUCAACGAGACAAUGUAGUACAUACA